AUGCCAGGACACUAUGCAAAUCCUCUCUCUUCGCCCCCUUUCUCUCCCCCUAUCCCUCCAUACCCUCACUCCGCCCCACCUCUCCCCUGCUUGCACUCACUUUCCUCCCUCUAUCCCUCCAUACCCUCACUCCGCCCCACCUCUCCCCUGCUUGCACUCACUUUCCUCCCUCUAUCCCUCCAUACCCUCACUCCGCCCCACCUCUCCCCUGCUUGCACUCACUUUCCUCCCUCUAUCCCUCCAUACCCUCACUCCGCCCCACCUCUCCCCUGCUUGCACUCACUUUCCUCCCGCUAUCCCUCCAUACCCUCACUCCGCCCCACCUCUCCCCUGCUUGCACUCACUUUCCUCCCUCUAUCCCUCCAUACCCUCACUCCGCCCCACCUCUCCCCUGCUUGCACUCACUUUCCUCCCUCUAUCCCUCCAUACCCUCACUCCGCCCCACCUCUCCCCUGCUUGCACUCACUUUCCUCCCUCUAUCCCUCCAUACCCUCACUCCGCCCCACCUCUCCCCUGCUUGCACUCACUUUCCUCCCUCUAUCCCUCCAUACCCUCACUCCGCCCCACCUCUCCCCUGCUUGCACUCACUUUCCUCCCUCUAUCCCUCCAUACCCUCACUCCGCCCCACCUCUCCCCUGCUUGCACUCACUUUCCUCCCUCUAUCCCUCCAUACCCUCACUCCGCCCCACCUCUCCCCUGCUUGCACUCACUUUCCUCCCUCUAUCCCUCCAUACCCUCACUCCGCCCCACCUCUCCCCUGCUUGCACUCACUUUCCUCCCUCUAUCCCUCCAUACCCUCACUCCGCCCCACCUCUCCCCUGCUUGCACUCACUUUCCUCCCUCUAUCCCUCCAUACCCUCACUCCGCCCCACCUCUCCCCUGCUUGCACUCACUUUCCUCCCUCUAUCCCUCCAUACCCUCACUCCGCCCCACCUCUCCCCUGCUUGCACUCACUUUCCUCCCUCUAUCCCUCCAUACCCUGACUCCGCCCCACCUCUCCCCUGCUUGCACUCACUUUCCUCCCUCUAUCCCUCCAUACCCUCACUCCGCCCCACCUCUCCCCUGCUUGCACUCACUUUCCUCCCUCUAUCCCUCCAUACCCUCACUCCGCCCCACCUCUCCCCGCACACUAUCACACCGCCCCCUCUCUCCCCGCACGCCAUCACUCCUAUCCCUGCCUUCCUCCCGCAUCGCGAUUCUACUCAGCCUCCCUUCUCCCCGCAUCUCGAUCCUACUUCGCCUCCCUUCUCCCCGCAUCUCGAUCCUACUCCUUUUCCAACCCCUUCUCUCCGCAUCUCGAUCCUACUCCGCGUCCCUUCUUCCCGCAUAUCGAUCCUACUCCUUUUCCAACCCCUUCUCUCCGCAUCACGAUCUUACUCCGCCUCCCUUCUCCCCGCCCGCCGAUCCGACUCCACCUCCCUUCUCCGCGCAUCGUGCUCCUACUCCGCCUCCCUUCUCCCUGCAUCUCGAUCCUACCCCGCCUCCCUUCUCUCCGCAUCUCGAUUCUACUCCGCCUCCCUUCUCCCCGCCCGCUGA